AUACUGGAAAAUGUGACUGAAUAAAGUCAGUUAAGUUCCACAAAAACACGAGAGGAGAAAAAACUCUGCCAAAGGAAGUGAGGUGGCCAAAAGAUUCAGCAACUCAAACUCAAGAUUUUGCGUAAAACUGGCAAAAAAGAAAAAGUACCAAAUUAUGGAGCUGCCUUGAAGCAAGUGCAGAAGGGAAACAUCUGCAUCCCACAAAAGGACUCAGGACAAUGAGGAUUUCCUCACUUGUGGUUUGGAUUCUUCUUCCAGACUGCUGGGCAGUGACAGGCCCUACGCAAGUGAGCAGCCACUUGGGCGGAUCAGUGUCUGUCGGGUGCAGCUACGAGAGCGGCUACGAGACCUACCCCAAGUUCUGGUGCAGGGCAGGCUUCCUGCAGUGCUUCAAUGGGCACAUCAUCGAAACUACGGGGUCUGAGGCCACCGUGAAGCAGGACAGAGUCUCCAUCAAGGACAGUCACUCCCUGCACACGUUCACCGUGACCCUGGAGAACCUCACCACGGGAGAUGCAGGGUUUUAUCACUGUGGGCUAGUGAGGACGCUGCUUCCUGAUCCCAGACACUCUGUUGAACUAAUUGUGUCCCCAGGCACUCCUACCUCAGCCCCAUGCGGAAAGUCAGUAGGUGCAGCGCAGCCUGGGGUUACCGCCAACGAAUGCAGUGUCUUCCCCACAAGCAGCGAUGCAGUGCCUAGCAGAGACCCUCAAACACUAUCCCGGCCCACCAAUAUCCAUUUCCUGCUCCUGGUCAGCCUGAAAGUCACCAUCUUCCUGUGCAUGGCCUGCGCAGUGGUCUGGGUGAGCAAGCACUACAGAAGGAGAGUUAGGGAGACAGCACAGGAUAGACAUGUUGAGAGCCUCCAACUUUCUCACGAGGGUGUGACACAUUCAGUCUAACGAUGCUCAGCCUUCCCCCUGUGCAGCCAGAUGUUCGUGUGAAUGGGGACAUCCUGGUCCAUGGCCUCGAUCAGAAACUCGGCUAACUACAGAAAGGAGCUGGCGUGCAUCGUGAUGGCUAUGGACAAGAAGCUGUUCAGCAUCAAGAGCUUCCCAUCUGGUAGCAAGCAGAUAUUUUGUUUGUCGUCACAGCCUCCGCCCCAGCUCAGGACUGGACUGGGAUCAGCAAAGGAGGCUCCAGCUGCCUGUGCAUUCACAGUCCUGCAUCAAUGCCUCCAGGGGCCACUGAGCACCGCUGAAGGUUUCAAUGUAUUCGAACACUACUUCAG